CUUCCUCUCACCCCUUAGCUGCUUUGAAUGCAGUCAUUGCUCCGGGGCACCGUGUCGCAGGAGACAUCAGUGCCUCAAGGCCCUGCCCGGUUAGGGGGCUGCAGGGCGUCAUGUUUCCGCAGGGCCACUGCCGCUCUCAGAAAAUGCCGGGAUGAUGUUUCCCUCGCAUCUGGCUGGGGCUCUGAUCCCGGCCAUGGCCUUCCUCUCCUGCCUGCGACCGGAAAGCUGUGAGCCCUGCGUGGAGGUGGUUCCUAACAUUACUUACGAGUGCAUGGAUCUGAAUCUCUACAAAAUCCCCGACAACAUCCCCUCCUCAACCAAGAACCUGGACCUGAGUUUUAACCACCUGAGGCACUUAGGCAGCCAUAGCUUCUCCAAUUUCCCAGAACUGCAGGUGCUGGAUUUAUCCAGGUGUGAAAUCCAGACGAUUGAAGAUGAUGCGUAUCAGAGCCUAAACCAUCUUUCCACCUUGAUAUUGACAGGAAACCCUAUCCAGAGUUUAGCCCCAGGAGCCUUUUCUGGACUAUCAAGUUUACAGAAGCUGGUGGCCGUGGAGAUAAACCUAAUCUCUCUAGAGAACUUACCCAUUGGACACCUCAAAGGCUUGAAGGAGCUUAAUGUGGCUCACAAUUUUAUCCAUUCUUUCAAGUUACCUGAAUAUUUUUCUAACCUACCCAAGCUGGAGCACUUGGACCUUUCCAAAAAUAACAUUCAAAAUAUUUAUCAUGAAGACUUGCAUGUUCUACAUCAAAAUUCUUCACUCAAUCUCUCUUUAGACCUGUCCUUGAACCCUAUAGACUUUAUUCAGCCUGGUUCCUUUAAAGGAAUUAGGCUCCAUAAACUGACUUUGAGAAGUAAUUUUGAUAGUGUGAAUAUAAUGAAAACUUGUAUUCAGGGUCUGGCUGGUUUAGAAGUCCAUCGAUUGGUUUGGGGAGAAUUUAGAAAUGAAAGGUACGUGAAAGAUUUUGACAAAUCUGCCCUGGAGGGACUGUGCAAUUUGGCCAUUGAAGAAUUCAGUUUAGCAAACUUAGAAGAAAGUCUGAAAGAUGCUGAUUUAUUUCAUUGUUUGACAAAUGUUUCUGCAAUUUCCCUGGUGAGUUUGGAUUUAAACUAUCUAAAAGGCUUUUAUAAUAAUUAUGGAUGGCGAUCUUUAGAAUUAGUUAACUGUAAAUUUGAACAAUUUCCCACACUGGAGCUCUUUUCUCUUGAAAGGUUUAUUUUAACUCACAACAAAGAUGGGCUCACUUUUGCAGAAGUUGAGCUACCCAGCCUUGAAUAUCUAGAUAUCAGUAAAAAUGGCUUGAGUUUCAAGGGUUGCUGUUCUCAUACUGAUUUUGAGACAAACAGACUGACAUAUUUAGAUCUGAGCUUCAAUGGUAUUAUUACCAUGAGUUCAAAUUUCCUGGGCUUAGAAGGACUACAACAUCUGGAUUUCCGGCAUUCCACUUUGAAACAGACUAGUGAUUUCCCAGUAUUCCUAUCACUCAAAAACCUACGUUACCUUGACAUUUCUUAUACUCACACCCGAGUUGUCUUCCAUGGCAUCUUUGAUGGCUUGGUCAGUCUCGAAGUCUUGAAAAUGGCUGGCAAUUCUUUCCAAGACAACGUCCUUCCAGAUGUCUUCCAAAAAAUGACUAACUUGACUUUCCUGGACCUCUCUGAAUGUCGACUGGAACAGGUAACCCAGAAAGCAUUUAACUCACUCUCCAGUCUUCGAUUACUAAAUAUAAGCCACAACAACCUCUUAUCAUUGGAUAUACUUCCUUAUAAGUCUCUCCAGUCCCUCCAUGUUCUAGAUUGCAGCUUCAAUCGCAUAGUGGCUUCCAAAAACCAAGAACUACAGUAUUUUCCAAGUAGUCUAGCUUUCUUAAAUCUUACUCAGAAUGACUUUGCUUGUGUUUGUGAACACCAGAGUUUCCUGCAGUGGGUCAAGGACCAGAGGCAGCUCUUGGUGGAAGCUGAACAAAUGGUAUGCGCAACACCUUUAGACAUGCAGGGCAUACCUGUACUGAGUUUUAGGAACACCACCUGUCAGAUGAGCAAGACCAUAAUCAGCGUGUCAGUGGUCAUUUUCCUCAUGGUAUCUGUUGUAGUAGUUCUGGUCUAUAAGUUUUAUUUUCACCUGAUGCUUCUUGCUGGAUGCAAAAAAUACAGUAGAGGUGAAAGCACCUAUGAUGCCUUUGUCAUCUACUCAAGCCAGGAUGAGGACUGGGUGAGGAAUGAGCUAGUGAAGAAUUUAGAAGAAGGAGUGCCCCCCUUUCAGCUCUGCCUUCACUACAGAGACUUUAUUCCCGGUGUGGCCAUCGCUGCCAACAUCAUCCAGGAAGGUUUCCACAAAAGCCGGAAGGUUAUUGUUGUGGUGUCCAAUCACUUCCUCCAAAGCCGCUGGUGUAUCUUUGAGUAUGAGAUUGCUCAGACCUGGCAGUUUCUGAGCAGUCAUGCUGGUAUCAUCUUCAUUGUCCUGCAGAAGGUGGAGAAGUCCCUGCUCCGGCAGCAGGUGGAGCUGUACUGCCUUCUCAAGAGGAACACUUACCUGGAGUGGGAGGACAGUGUGCUGGGGCGGCACAUCUUCUGGAGACGACUCAGAAAAGCCCUGUUGGAUGGUAAACCAUGGAGUCCAGAAGGGACAGAGGGUGCAGAAUGACACCAGCGAGAAGCAACAGCUUCUACCUGCAGAGGAGAAAACUGAGGUGCUUAUUGCAGUCCUACCCAGGACUGCUAAUCUCAUGGAACGUACAGUGCAGUGCAAAGGGAAUAAAUUCUGGGCUAAAAUACAGAGCCUUCCAGGUGGGCAUUUCAACCAACUCAGCCAAGGAGUCAGUGACAGACAGAGAAAGUCACAUCAAUUCUUCCCUCUUCAACUUGAGUAAGAACUAAGAGACUGGGCCCCAGUGAAAGCAGAAAGGAACACUGUUCUUCUCCUGAGUCUUUUGAAUGGAAAUUUCAUUAAGAAUUAUGUUUUAGCCAUCUUUAAACAGUUUUGGUAGUUUGAACUGAACUGGGAGUUUGCUCACUUUUCUUCUUUCUAUUGAAUACAGUUUAAAUUCUGCUUGAUGACUCAAAAGCCUCCUGGUUCAGGAUGCUCCUUCCAUUUAAAGUCAGUUUUUGUACAAAGGUUAAAAUCGUGUGACUAAUUCCUAAGGAAACCUGAUUGACACAUGCUGGUAAAUAUGCUGGUCAUUUCUUACCAGGUUCUAUUUAUUAACUAAUAAUUCUUGAUAUAUUUUUGCUUUUAUAUAUAUCCAGUUUUCAUUUUUCAUGUCUUGUCUAUAAGCCCACAUCAUAAAUAAGGUUGUUAGAGAUGUGCUGGAAAUAUCCAUAUUUAACCACUAUUUUUCAAGCAAGUAUGUAAAAUACACUCUGUCACUUUGUCACUUGAUGUCAUUCUAAAGUUAUUACCUACUAAAUUAUGACUGUCAUGGAUGCAGCAAAUAAUUUGGUAGAAAGGGGCACUUUUUUUAAAAAAAGAACAUGGGGAGAAAAGUCUAACUUCCUGGUCUUAUAAUGAGCGACUUGUGGUAGAAGCAGGAAGAGAAGUGAGAUGACCUCAGUAAGUCACCUUUUCUUGACAAUUCCAGAAGCACAUGAGCUGAUAUGGCUGGGGUGGGCCCAUGCAAGGAGCUGCAGCAGAAGUUUCUUCUCAGGGUGCGUGUUGUUUGACAGACCUUUGAAUCCCUUCAGGGACACAGGGAAGACGGGCCUCCUGCCCUGCACCCUCCCCACCGCCAGGAGACCUGCCUGAGAAGGACUUAGGAGGGGGAGUGCACAUCUUUGUCUCUUGCUGGGCGUUGCUCCCUGCCCACAUUUUGGGAAGGGUGGAUGUUGUCAUUGAGAAAAUCCUGUGUCCAGGAUUAAUGGGGCUCCUAAAAAGUUCCCCAAAAAACCUGUUCACCCAGCUUCCCCAGAAAUGGUACAAUCAAAGACAGAACAAUGAGGACAUUGUAGGGGAAAUACAAGUCAAAGGCACACUGAGAUAUCACCUCAUACCAAUUAGAAUGGCAACUAUUAAGAAAAAGAUAAUACGUGUUGAGGUUGUAGAGAAAUUAGAACCCUCCUAUGCUGUUGGUAGGAAGGUAAAAUGGUGUAGCCAUUAUGGAAUACAGUACAGAGUUUCCUCAAAAAUGAAAAACAGAAGUACUAUGUGAUCCAGAAAUCUUACUUCUGGGUAUAUAUCCAAAAGAAUU